GACCGGAAGUUCCGGCUGUACCAUUUCCGCAAAAGAAGUUGCCAAAUCAAAACAAACGUUAGCUUGUUCUAUGAAUAUAUAGCACCAUAAAUGACUCUUUCUCUUUAAUAAAUCAGAGAAGUUUCGUACUUAUUCAUAACCCUGUACUAUCCAUGGAGACUCCAGAGCCAGGCCCAGCUGAUGGAGAGGAGCGUCCAGUAGAGUUGCGACCCCGCACACGCUCCAACCCUGAAGGUGCUGAGGACCGUCGCAGCAGCACAGGUAGCCUUGGAGGCAACGGAAACCAGAACAUAUCUCAGCCUGCUGUGGGGAAUCGUGUGGAAGGUGAAGGUGAAGCCUCGACCAGCGACAACCCUCCAAGCUCCGUCACCACAACAGUUUCAGCAACUACAUCUCAGGCUGUAGUUCCACCUCCAGCUGUUACUGCUGCUGCUGGAGCUGGAGCUGGAGCCAGCAACACCGUACAACUGUCCACUGCUGCUGUCACAGCCAAAGAAAGGCCAAAGACCUCACAGCCCAUGCUUAGUACAUCUAUUUCUCCACCAGCAGAGUACCAGCUCAGAGUUCCCAGGGUUAACUGUCCAGAGAAAGUGAUAAUCUGCUUGGAUCUUUCUGAAGAAAUGUCCUUACCAAAGCUUGAAUCUUUUAACGGAUCUAAAACAAACGCCUUGAACAUUUCCCAGAAGAUGAUUGAGAUGUUUGUAAGAACAAAGCAUAAAAUCGACAAGCGGCAUGAGUUUGCCCUGGUUGUCAUCAACGAUGAUGCUCUGUGGUUGUCUGGCUUCACAUCUGAUCCGCGGGAGCUGUGCAGCUGUCUGUAUGACUUGGAAACCAAUGUGUGCGAGUCCUUCAACCUGGAAGAUCUCCUUAAUGUCAUUCGUCAGAAGAUUGAGCUGCCAUUGAUGGAGAACGUUCAGACCAUCCCUCCUCCAUACGUGGUGCGGACUGUGCUUAUCUAUAGCCGCCAUGCUGGGCCAAUGCAGUUCAACCCUUCAGAGGCUGUUAGUAAGAUGCUGCAGUCUCCCUAUUUCUUCUUUGAUGUGGUUUAUUUACACAACGGGAUGGAGGAGCAAGGGGACGAGACCAGCUGGAGGGAAAACUACACAUCCUUCUGUAAUCUGGACUCAAAAGCCAUGUGUUAUCGCUUCGAGGUCUCCUUGAGUGGACCCGCCAUCGAGCUGCACAACUGCAUGGCCAAGCUGCUGGCCCAUCCUCUGCAGAGACCUUUCCAGAGUCAUGCAUCCUACAGCCUAUUGGAGGGCGACGACGCCCCGGACACAGAGGCAACGGUGUAGAAAUGGACAGAUUAAUAUAGAUGUUUUUGCUUUUCCUGUGAAAUCCACACAUGCAGCAAAUAUGCAGAAAAAAAGCUUUUAUUUUAUUUUUUAUCUAAAUGCAAAACUUUACUUUUUUCAGUGGUUUUGAACAAAGUUGUGGGGAUUUUGGGGAAAUUGGGUUUUCACCAAGUCACUGAUUGUAAAAAUUGUUGUUUGAUAAAGAAUCACUUGAACUGUCCUGAAAGUGGGGGAGUGUAUGUUAAAGAUUGAAGUUGGUUUAAAGUAAUCUAUUUAAUAUAAUGGAUGAUGCAGCAGUUGGAGCGUCAGGCUUUGCUAAGCUCACCUCCAUAUUUUCCCAUGAUUUUCGUUUGAUUUAAGAUCAUGAAGUGCAGGAAAUGGCAAUAUGAUCUCUACUGAGUGUUAAUGUUUGAUCAUUUCCAAAUUAAACAACAGUUUCUCUUUAUUAUAGUAGGUUUGGCCCAUUAGUGUUUGGAAAAUCACCCUGCACCAAUAACACAAAGCAAGCCCAAAGCAAAACAUACCCAGACUAUCUACAGAACAGGACAUGGCAGGCUAUGCUACUGCUCAGGAGCUUGAUUUUGGUCUUAUCUGACUAUUUCUCCUAAGCUGUAGUAAUGAACAAGUGUGUGUGUCUACUUGUUUUCCUAAUAUGAAUCUCAAUAAACUUAAAAUGAUGUAUCAUCAAGAGAAAGAACAAGUUAAACAUUCUAAAAGGGGCUUACUGACAAGAAAUGUCAGAAAAGGGAUACAUUUAUUGGAGGUAUGGUGUCACUGUUGGACCCAGAUUUAAAAUGUGAAUUCAGCUGAGGAAACUCACAAUCAACAGGGGAUCCUUAUCACCCCCACUUCACAUCGUGUAGAUGUUUUUGAUCAUCCUACAGAAGGAAAUCCAACAAAUUAUAAAACGCUCAACACUUCAUUUUCAUGUUAGGUUUGUAACAAACAUUUUUAUUUUAUCUGUGAUGCCUUUCAGCUUAUAGCCUUAUUGUAAUGGGAUAAUUUUGUUCUCUUGUUAAAUCUCACGCAUAAAGACUGUAUAAUGUUAUUUCCAUUUUGUCUUUCUAUGUGAUGUUUCUUUUUUUCAUGAUUGUACAGAAAAUCCCCUUUCUUUCAUUAAGAAGCUACAGAGAAAGGUUUUUACUGAAAGUUAAUUUUUUGGUUAUAGUUAAAAACAUGUAAUCCUUUUUCUUAUGUUUAAACUGAAUGUUUUCUGUGUUGUUUAGUUAGACCAGGAGGUGGCAGCAGAUUCCACCUUGACUGCUAUACGUUAUUUAGUUUUUAUUUCCUAAAUGCAGCACCUAUCUAAAAACUGGAGAUUUUGCUCAUAUUCUUCUCCUUCAGUCGUUCUUAAACUUCAGUCUUGGAGCAAUGACUGAGAAAACUGAACUCCCCCAAGUAACACCAUUAAUACUUGUAUUAAAAUAGUGCAGAUCAAAUGCUGUAGGUUUAACAUAGCUGCUGGUUGGUUUGAAUAAAAGCACUGAUUUUAUUUUGUGAACUCAA